GGGAAGUUUAUGACUCCGUGUGAGAACCCGAGGACCCCAAGUUGAAAUGUAGCACUAGUACUAGUAAAAAGACUAAAAAAACUAAACCCCUUUUCCUUCAACUUCAGUCCUUUUCAAGUUUUCAUAUCGUCAAACAAACUCCCCUUUCUACUCUUUUCAACUACACAAUUCCACCCUCCCAAAACAUAAAAUAAAAUAGAAAUCAAUAAAAAGUAGCCUUUUUCAUAUUUCAAUUUUCAUUUUCUCUCUCCUCAAAAAUCAGUUCUACUUAUUCUGCCAUUGCAAAGCUGCAAAACUUUAGCUGAAACAAACCCUCAUAAAUUUUCUCUCUCCUCCUUUCCAUUGAAAUGAAAUCCAACCAAUCAUACAAAUUUGCAGUAAAUGUAUUUGUCCCCUUUUAGAUACCCCUCAUUUACUCCUACCACCUCACUCCCUCACUCCUACUUCUACUCACACCUCUAACAACAACAACAACCCACCUCCCCUCUUUUUCUCUCUCCUCCGGCCCGACCCGACCCGUUUACCCGAUGCGGCGGCGGCGCCUCUAAAUGGGUUGUAUCAUUAGCCGGCGAAGACCCGCCGGAACUCCACCGCCGGCGCCGGAAAACCCAACUCACCGCCGCCGUGCUUCUUCCCUUUCCUUAGGAAGGGACUCUCUUUCUCCUAAUACUAGUAGUAGUAAACUUCCUCGUUAUUCCUCUAAUUUCUCAACGACUGAGCUCCGGCGCCACGUCAUCGACCCUUAUGGAGGUGGGCCCACUACCCAUCAUGGGUGGCCCACUUGGCUUGCUGACGCUGUUGGUGAUGUCAUUAAUCGGUUCUCCCCUCGCCGUGCUAGUACCUUCCAAAAGCUCGAUAAGAUUGGGCAAGGAACGUAUAGCAAUGUAUAUAAAGCAAGAGAUUUGGUAACAGGGAAUAUAGUGGCAUUGAAGAAGGUUAGGUUUGAUAAUUUAGAGCCUGAAAGUGUAAAGUUUAUGGCAAGAGAGAUCAUAGUAUUGAGCAAACUUGAUCAUCCUAAUGUUAUCAAACUUCAAGGUUUAGUUACUUCUCGAAUGUCUUCGAGUUUAUAUUUGGUUUUUGAUUACAUGGAGCAUGAUCUUUCUGGCCUUUCUGCUUCACUUGGUGCUGGUAAUAAGUUCACUGAGCCACAGGUGAAGUGUUUCAUGAAGCAGCUAAUAUCUGGGCUUGAGCAUUGCCACAACAAUGGAGUUCUGCACCGUGACAUUAAAGGCUCCAAUCUCUUAAUUGACAAUGAAGGAGUUCUUAAGAUAGCUGAUUUUGGAUUAGCUACAAUUUACAAUCCUAGUCAAAAGCAACCUAUGACCAGUCGAGUUGUCACCCUAUGGUAUCGUCCUCCAGAACUGCUUCUUGGAGCCACAAAUUAUAGUGUUGGUGUUGACCUUUGGAGUGCUGGCUGCAUUCUGGCAGAAUUACUAGCUGGAAAGCCAAUUAUGCCAGGACGGACCGAGGUAGAGCAGCUUCACAAGAUAUUCAAGUUGUGUGGCUCUCCUUCUGAAGAGUACUGGAAAAAAUAUAAGCUACCAAAUGCUACUCUUUUCAAGCCACAGCAGCCCUACAAGCGUUGUAUUUCAGAGACCUUUAAAGAAUUCCCCCCUUCUUCCCUCCCACUAGUUGAUUCACUUCUUUCAAUAGAUCCUGAAGGACGAGGCACUGCUACUGAUGCUUUAAAUGGUGAAUUCUUCUCAUCUGAACCUCAUGCUUGUGAGCCGUCUACUUUGCCAAAGUAUCCUCCCAGCAAAGAAUUAGAUGUAAAGCUACGGGAUGAAGCUGCAAGAAGGCAAAGGGGCUUAAGUGGAAAAUCUAGCAUUGCUGAUGGUGCCAAGAGAGUUAGAAUACGUGACCGAGCUGGCCGUGCAAUUCCUGCUCCAGAGGCAAAUGCUGAGCUACAAACAAAUUUGGAUAGGAUGAGAUUUGUGACACAAGCAAAUGCAAAGAGCAAAAGUGAAAAGUUCCCUCCGCCCCAUCAAGAUGGAGCUGUCGGAGUUCCUCUAGAUACAGCCAGUAAUGGUCCUCUGUCCUUUGGCCCGACUGAGCAUUCCUUUGAUACAUCACAUUUGAAGCCUGCAUUGUCAAAAUCCAGAAGCGUAACGCCUGCUGAGGGGCCUUCAAGAAAGAAGAGAACCAAUAAAGAGCAGGACUUGGCUUCGUCGUGGAAAUUCUUCCAUGCAUGGAAACCAUCAACCAUUGGGCUGUCUAUGGAUCUAAUGUUCAAGGGUAAAGGGUCAAUGACACGGGUAUCUAGCAGUAGAAAGUAAGCGCGCAUCUUCAACUUCUCCCUUUCACAAACUGAAGGGACAUUCUUCAAUCAUAAUUUUUAGUUUUUAAAGUUAUGGAGGUGUAGUAUGUAACGCAACCGUGCUGGAAGUUUUUGUAUACUAAUACACAAGGUUAGUUGUACAGUUGGUCAUAGCUAAUGCUACCUAUUUUGAUGUAUCUGAUAUUGUCUAUAUACUACGAAGUUUCUAUUAGUAACUCAUUCAAAGUUAAAAUUAUGUACCCAUUUGUUUUAAAGUAACUUCAAGUCUUC